AUGUCUCAACACUGGCGCCCCGUUAUGACCACGCUACCAUUGAACACCCCUGGCAGCUCCGAUAACCACUCCUCGAUCCACACAAAACGCCUCAGGAUGCGGCCCCUCGCACGCUCCGAUCUCCAUGCCUACCACGUCCUGCGCCUGCAACCCGAAGCGAUGGCUCACUCAACCUACCGGCGUCCCGACGCAAACCUCGAGGAAUCAUCUGUGAAGCUGGACAGUAUCAUCGCAGCGGCGCAGCCACGCUGUUUCUACUUCGGCAUCUUCCUGGCCGAGACGGGCGAGCUGAUCGGUGACGGCGGCGUGCACACGCUGAGCUCGCAGGCGUGCGGAUGGCCCGAGCUGGGGUAUAAGCUCAAGCGCGAGUAUUGGGGGCGUGGCCUGUGCACCGAAUUCUUAACUGCGUAUCUGAAGUGGUGGUGGGGUUUACCUAGACGGUCGAUUGAUAGGAGCGGCGGUGGUGCUGGUGUUGCCGUGGGCGUUCAGAUCUCCGUUCAUCCCCGGUCCAUCGCCGCAGCCGGCGGCGGCAACGGCGCGUGCAGCAAGGCCGUGGCGGUUGAACAACUGUAUGCUUGGACUACGUUGGACAACUUUGCUAGCCAGAACGUCUUGAGGAAGGCUGGUUUUAAGUCGUUUAUAAUCUGGAAACAACCGGGCUAUGAGGAGUGGGUCAUCGGCUGGAGGAACAGUCGUCCUCGGCCGUGA